AUGGGCAACUUCAAAGAUGUUAAAAACCAACCUCAACAAGUGAAGCUGGGAGGAACUAGAGCUGCUCUCUUUGUAUAUGCUACUGCGUCACUUGAGAACUUGGCAUUUCUCUCCAAUGCAGUUAGCCUAGUAACUUACUUCUAUGGAUACAUGAAUUUCAGCUUGACAAAAUCGGCUAACACACUUACUAACUUCCUGGGUACUGCAUUUCUACUAUCGUUGUUUGGAGGAUUUAUUUCAGACACCUACUUGUCCAGAUUCAAGACGUGUAUUCUGUUUGGAUCCAUUGAAGUACUGGGUUUCACAGUCCUAACAGUACAAGCACACUUCCAACAACUAAGGCCCUUUCCCUGCAAGGAUGUUCCUCCAAGCAAAAUGCAUCAAUGUGAGGCUGCAGAUGGCAGCCAAGCCACAGUCCUUUUUACAGGUCUGUAUCUGGUUGCUCUAGGAACCAGUGGGGUUAAGGCAGCUCUACCAUCUUUGGGAGCAGACCAAUUUGAUGAGAAGGACCCCAAGGAAGCAGCUAAGCUUUCGAGUUUCUUCAACUGGUUGUUGUUUAGUAUCACAAUUGGAGCCAUAUUAGGUGUGACCUUCUUAGUCUGGAUUAGUGCCAACCAAGGGUGGGAUUGGAGUUUUGGAGUCUCUACCAUCGCUGUCCUAGCGGGGAUGUUGUGCCUUACUAUGGGGAGAUCAAUUUAUCGGAAUAAUAAGCCCAAGGGAAGCCCAAUAAUCCGCAUUUUACAGGUAUUUGUAGCUGCCAUCAGAAACCGAAACCAUUCAGUACCAGAGACAACACAGGAGUUGCACGAGAUUCAUGACAAAGAAGCUGCAAUAGAAACUGAAAUUCUCCAAAGAACUGCUCAAUUCAAAUUUUUGGAUCGAGCAGCGAUUGUUGCAAGGACAGAUGAUGCAUCCACACCCAAUAUACCUAGAGGACCAUGGAGGAUGUGCACAGUGACACAAGUUGAAGAAACUAAGAUAUUGGUUCGAAUGCUUCCUAUUAUCCUGAGCACCAUCUUUAUGAACACAUGUUUGGCUCAACUCCAAACUUUUUCUAUCCAACAAAGCACAACAAUGGACAGAAAUAUCCUUGGCUUUCAAUUUCCUGGAGCCUCAAUUCCAGUAAUUCCCCUAGCAUUCAUGUUCAUUUCAAUCCCAAUCUAUGAUAGAGUUUUCGUUCCAAUGGCACGAAAGUUGACAGGCGUUCCAACUGGGAUUCGACACCUCCAAAGGAUUGGGGUAGGGCUCGUGCUCUCGGCUAUUUCCAUGGCAGUUGCCGGAAUCAUAGAAACCCACAGGAAAACAGUAGCUGAGCAGCACAACAUGGUUGAUUCUGCCUCCCCUUUGCCAAUGAGUGUAUUCUGGCUAGGCAUCCAAUAUGCUAUAUUUGGAAUUGCUGAUAUGUUUACACUGGUGGGGCUGUUAGAGUUCUUUUACGCGGAAAGCUCGUUCGGCAUGAAGUCACUGAGCACAGCCAUCUCUUGGUGUUCAAUGGCGUUCGGGUACUAUACAAGCUCAGUGAUGGUGGAUGUGGUAAACAGGGUCAGUGGUGGUUGGCUGGCUAGUAACAAUUUGAACAAAGAUAAAUUGAACUACUUCUACUGGUUGUUGUCAGGGUUGAGCAUAGUAAAUUUUGGGGUUUAUUUGAUGUGUUCAUCUUGGUAUAGAUACAAGAGGGUUCAAGUGCAGGAAGAUGCUAGUAGUGAUGCUGAAGCUAAGAUAAAUAUUGAAAAUAGGGAGAGUUUAGGAAUUUCGCAUCCUUGUGGUGCCGUCCUAAGGCUUAACAUGUAA